AUGAGGGUGUCGUGGGUUUCCAUGGAUGUAUGUGUAUAUGUGGGUGCUAUGAGGGUGUCGUGGGUUUCCUUGGAUGUAUGUGUACAUGUGGGCGCUAUGCGGGUGUCGUGGGUUUCCUUGGAUGUAUGUGUGGGCGCUAUGAGGGUGCCGUGGGUUUCCUUGGAUGUAUGUGUGGGCGCUAUGAGAGUGUCGUGGGUUUCCUUGGAUGUGUAUGUACAUGUGGGUGCUAUGAGGGUGUCGUGGGUUUCCUUGGAUGUAUGUGUACAUGUGGGCGCUAUGCGGGUGUCGUGGGUUUCCUUGGAUGUAUGUGUGGGCGCUAUGAGGGUGUCGUGGGUUUCAUUGGAUGUGUAUGUACAUAUGGGUGCUAUGAGUGUGCCGUGGGUUUCCUUGGAUGUAUGUGUGGGCGCUAUGAGAGUGUCGUGGGUUUCCUUGGAUGUGUAUGUACAUGUGGGUGCUAUGAGGGUGUCGUGGGUUUCCUUGGAUGUAUGUGUACGUGUGGGCGCUAUGAGGGUGUCGUGGGUUUCAUUUGGAUGUAUGUGUACAUGUGGGCAGUAUGAGGGUGUCGUGGUUUUUUGGGGAUGUAUGUGUGGGUGCUAUGAGGGUGUCGUGGGUUUCCUUGGAUGUAUGUGUACAUGUGGGUGCUAUGAGGGUGGCGUGGGUUCCUUGGAUGUGUGUGUACAUGUGGGUGCUAUGAGGGUGUCGUGGGUUUCCUUGGAU